UAGAGGAACGACUACCGAGAGUAGACAUUCUUAAAGCUCACCUGGUCCUUAAAGUUAGGAGAGAAGACAUCCGACACGAACUCUUGAGCAUGAUACCCUUACUGUCUUCAGAGGAAAGUUCGAAGAUCUGACAGUCUAACUGCAGGAGAGCAGUUGUCCGGGUAGCAGUUAUCCAGUCUUGAUCUUGACAAAAAUCUUCACCACGGCAACAUCAAGGCAGUGGAUGAUGAAGCUACCAGGUGUGCUGAUGUUUCUCCUGGUGUUGGGAACAGCGGAAUCUGCCUGCAACUCAACUUGUUCAACUUUCUGUGACUGCAGCAAUCAUGGCCUCACCAGUGUUCCUCGGGACCUGCCGACAAACAUCACACGCUUGGAUCUGCAACAUAAUCAAAUAACAACUGUAGGUCAGUUAGAUUUCUCACGGUAUAGAAGCUUAAUAACGUUAGAUCUUGGUUACAACCGCAUUUCUACAAUAGGCAGCCAGGCAUUCUAUCAAUUGUCAAACUUGACCAAAUUACGGGUUUCCAGCAACUCCCUAAGAAACCUCACAGCUAGCAUGUUUACGGGGUUAGCAAACGUGCAAGAAAUGAUUUUUUACAAAAAUGACAUCAGUGAUAUUCAGACUGGAACUUUCAAUCCAACACCACUACUGAUACGUUUGCUCGUGCAUCGUAACAAGUUAACAAGCCUCAAAUCUGGCAUGUUCUCAGGGCUAGAAAACUUGCAGGAACUUUGGGUAAACGAUAAUGAAAUCACCAAUAUUCAGACGGGAACUUUCAAUUCAACAUCAGAACUAAGAAUUUUGUCCCUGAGUCAAAACAAGUUAGCAACCCUCAGAUCUGACAUGUUCACAGACUUGAAAGGCUUGAAGUAUCUUUAUCUAUAUGAUAAUGAUAUCACUAGCAUUCACGCUGGAGCCUUUAGUUCAACAUCACAACUUGGAAUCUUGCACCUGUACAACAACCACAUUCAGUCCAUUCCAUCCAACUUACUGUCAAAUCUACUCCAACUGAGUGACCUCAAAUUGUCUUACAACAACCUCACUGACUUUCCCUUUGAACAAUUAUCAAACGUUCAAACUAUUUCUACGCUAAAACUUGACAAUAACAAAAUGACGACUCUUCCCUCUUUGGCCUAUGACAUUCUGUCUUCCAUCUCUGAUGUAAACAUUGACAACAACCCCUGGCAGUGUGACUGUAGAAUGGUGGACUUUAAGUUGAAGAUAACAGAAUCUUCUCCAUUUGAAAAUCGAAUCACUUGUUCCCAACCUGACAACCUCAGUGGACUAAAGCUGAAAGAUAUCAAACUCGAAAACCUUUUCUUGGGCUGUCUGGAGCCAAAAAUUGUGAGAUUUGAGAGAAGUGGCAACGUGAAGUUGUUACAGGGGGCAAACAUCCUUGAACAAGUUGUCUGUGAAGCGACAGGAAUCCCCACACCAACCAUCACAGUCAUUCCCCCAGCUGGACUGAACACAACUGCAGAGUCAAAUGGAAUAGUGACUGUGGAGGAGAACAGUAACGUAAUCAUACAAAAUAUCAUCGCAGCAGAUGCUGGGUUAUACGGCUGUAUUGCAUCGAGUCCCAUCGGCUCCACUUUUGCCGUCCUCUCGACAGAAGUGGUGAACCCCGUGUCUCCCCCCAGGUUCACCCUGCCGGUGUUUGCCGGCUCUGUGAGCGGGGCAGUAGCCGGUACCAUCGCUAUUGGCGCCAUCAUUCUCGCCAUCUGGUGCAGGGCUCGUGCCAAAACUCGUUUUGUAGCUUUAAGCACCGAGUCGGACGUUGAUUUAACAACUGUUACACAACUAUGAUGAAGAUUCUGGUUGGCAUGCCUGAAUCGCAACAAAUUCUGUUAGCUACACUUUCGCCAUCUCCUCUAAACAUUUUAUAGCAUGG